UAUCAGUGGCCAAACAUUCAAGCAAGGGCCUCAGAUAUCCAAUGUCGUGGAAAUGGACGUCGUCACAGGUUAACCAGCUUGUGCUUCACGUCGUGCACUCGAGAAGACUCGUCUCCAUCUCUGUUGUAUGUUUCCAGGUAAAGGCGAGAUUGUCCAGUGCUCUGAGAAGGAGAACUCAGACCUCUUCCAUGGAGUUCUGGGCGGGCUUGGGCAGCUGGGCAUCAUAACAAGAGCCAGGAUCAAGUUACGGCCUGCUCCUCCAAUGGUGGCAUGGAUCAGAGUAAAGCACCACGACUUUGAGCAGUUCACGAGGCACGGAGAACUCGUGGUCAACUCGGGGGAGGUGGACUACCUCGAGGGGUUCAUCAAGUUCGGUGACGCACCUCAAUCUCACCAGCCCAAAAACGCCUUCUCGCGCUUCGGUGCGGAGAGAUGCGUCAAACCGAGACAGCCGACAGCGUGCUACCUGCUCGAGAUGGCCAUUUACUAUGAUGAUGAUGAUGUUAGCGACGCCGCGAAGAAACGGGCGAAGGUGUUGGCCCGAGUAAGCUCCAUGACGUCCGUGGAGAUCCUCGAGGUCUCGUACUUGGACUUCCUGAACCGCGUUAGGGAAGAGGAGCUAAGCCUAAGGAGAAUGGGGCUGUGGGAUGUGCCUCACCCAUGGAUGAACCUGUUCGUGCCGAGGUCUCAGAUCCGGAGGUUCCACGAUCUCUUCCUUCGAACCAUGUCAGACUCCUGUGUUAAUGGCCCCAUCAUCAUGUAUCCCACACUGAGACACCAAUGGAAUCUCAACACGUCGAUCGUCGUACCGCAAGAUGAGGCAGGAGAGGAUGUGUUCUACGUGGUUAGUGUGCUCCGAGCGGCGCCGCCGACAUGCACCGUUGGAUCUUCGUGCCUCGAUGGUCUCAUGCAGCAAAAUGAACAGAUGAUACGCAUGGCCACAGCGAGAGGGAGCUCCCAUGGGGGUGGGGGGAUGGGAGCGAAGCAGUACAUGCCGUACCUGCAAUGUGAGGAGGAGUGGAGGGAGCAUUUUGGCCAGAAGUGGAAGAGGUUCGAGGAGUUGAAGUCCAAGUUCGAUCCUCUGAACGUGUUGGCGCCCGGACAGAGGAUCUUUAAGAGGAGGAAGCCGCUGAAAGCUUCUGCUGAAGCAGGAGAGCUGUAGUCACCAUUUCUACCGUCCAAGCAACCAUCCGAUCUGACCGUGUUGUUGUUGUUCUUAUUUGGACGCGAAUAAUUGAAUGAAAGUUGACUUGCGA